AUUGAUUACUAUAUUUUGUUCUUUCCAGAUUGUACCGCAAGGUAUUUAAAGAAGAGUUUGGGGAGUCAACUGGUGAGGGGAUGCUGCAUAGCCUUAGAACGUACAUCUCUCAUUACAACACGCAAGUGGGCUCAGAGUGCAUGGCGCUUGAUAUAACAAGCGACAACAAAGUUGUGAUGGCUAUAUGCACUCCGCUAAUGAAGAGGGUCCAUGAAGAAGUGAAACAUGCCUCAGAGCUGGUAUUCAUCGAUGCCUCAUCGAACAUGGACAGGUACGGCUGUAGUGUCUUUUUGCUGCUGACGCAUAGUUGUGCAGGUGGCCUUCCUCUGGGGGUGCUCAUCACCUCUAGUGAAGCAGAGGGGGUGAUUGAGGCAGCCCUCAAGCUGUACCGCUCUCUCCUUCCCCAGAAGUGUUUUGGAGGAAGAGGAGUCCAAGGGCCAGCUCUCAUCAUGACCGAUGACUCUGCAGCAGAACAGAAUGCCAUCAGUCACGUUUUCCCUGCCAGUCAGACACUCCUUUGCGUGUUCCAUGUUCUCCAAGCCACGUGGAGAUGGUUGUGGAAUGGCAAAAACCAAAUCCCCAAGGAGCAGCGACCCAAUCACCUCCAACAUCUAAAGCGCCUCAUCUACGCCUGUACUGAGGAGGAGCUUGAGGAACUGUACCAGGAGAGUCUUCAAGACACAACCCUGUCCGACAAAUUCAAAGAGCAUCUUACUGGCUACUAUGGGAGGAAGGAGAAGUGGGCAAUUGCUUGUCGACUUGACCUCCAGGUGCGUGGUAAUAACACCAACAAUUUUUGCGAGGCAGCCAUGCGUGUCCUAAAGGAUAAGAUCCUGGAAAGGACAAAGGCCUUCAGUAUUCCCCAGCUGGCAGACUAUAUGUCCACCUUUCUGGAUGAAUACUACCAACAACGGCUGAUUGAUGUAGCCAAUGGACGCCUGCAGAAUGUGAUUGCCUCUAGGUAUAUGCCCCAGGAGAAAUCAAUCAAGCUCCAUGACAUCAGACAGCUCUCAGACUCCCAGUUCAUCGUAACAAGUCAGACUUCGCAAGACAGGGGGUACGAUGUCGAUAUGGAACUUGGACACUGUUCUUGUCAUGCUGGGAAGACUGGAGCCCCCUGCAAACACCAGGCAGCAGUGGUGAAACAUUUCAAUGUUUCUUCGACAAACUUUGUCCCAGUCAAUGACCCGCAGUCAAGACUACUGCUGUAUAAGAUCGCAACAGGAAAUUGUAGUGUUCCAUCAGGGUUCUUUGAUGGAUUAAUGACCCAGCCCUCAGUAUCAGGAGAUAUUUCCAUCAUGGAUGCUAGCUUCCCAGCAGAACCAGUAAUAGAUGAGAUGGAAUCUAUUCCUACAAGCCAAAUUGAUCCCAAUCCUGCUGUUGCAAGUCUGCGUGCACAAGCAGCUGCUCAGAACCACUUUGAUCUUCGAGGCUCGACAAGAUCAGCACAAACAUCUUCCAGCACCAAUGAUGAUGACCAGCUCCUAGAACAAUUCCAGAAUAUGCAUGAUGACCUGUGCACCAAGAUGAAACAGUCACCAGACCUCUAUAGACCCGCCAUAAGGGCCAUGCUGGCCAGCUACAGAGGUAUCAAGACAGAUACGCAUCUGGUAUCAGCACUGCAUACCUUUGGGAAGUAUUCUGGGGCUGCCAUGACAGUUAGGAAACGAGGUCUGGCAGCAAAAAAUGCUGCAGUAAGACAUUUGAACCUGAAAGGUUCCAAAAAGAUCGGUGUCCAACCCACAUCAACUGCUCGAAGGUGCCACAUGGGACGUGGAGCAAGUCGACUACAUGCAGGACGGCCACCCAAGUCGUUGCGCAUCCAGGAGCAUGGCUAUUCCCGACUGUCUUCAUCCCAGUCAUCAGCUGUCGUGCCGCUAAUGAGGAGGAGAAGAGCACCUGCUCCUCACAGUUUGAGCCAUGUUGUGUCGCUUAACAAAGCACUGGGGAAGACGCACAGUGCUAAAUAGGUGGUUAACUCUACUAAUGUUAGUGACAGGGUAUAAAAGGGUAAUGUUUCAAAUACCAGCUUUGCAUUUUCCAGUUUUGCAUCUUAUUGAAAAGAGAUUGACUUAUCAAUUUGACAUCAUUCUUAUGAAAAUUGAGUGCCAGCCAAAAACAUUUUUUUGUAUUGGGUGUUCCGAAAUUCAGCUUUGCAUCUUCAAAGCUCAUAGUUUUAAUAUACUGAAGAAACCAAAUAUGAUUUUAAUGCAUGUUUUCAGUAUUGGAAAGGCUAAUAAACUUACCUAGACUGUCAUCAUCACUCAGUCUACCUGGUCCAUCCAUCUGAACAAUAUAUAUGCAACAGACAUCAAAGAUGAGGAAUUUUUUAUAUAUGGCCUCUGCAAUGUUUAGUUUGUUUACCAAUGUCUUUAUAGAUUUGUUCAGAAACCCUAACCCAAUUCAAUAAAUAUUUUAAAUGAUUUAUAUAAAAUCAAAUAAAAGAUAUUUAGAGCAUACCAUUACUGCUCGAUGACUAUCUAUUACUAUAAUUUUAGGGGAAAAUAGUUUUUGAAAUGUUUUCAAAUUUACCAAAAACUAUCUUGUUGCUUUUAAUACCUGAAACUUUAUCACAUAUUUGUCAUAUAUGUUUUGUACAUACUGUUGUGUUGGGGUUGGAUCGAUUGCACUUUAACUUUCAACCAGACUUAAAAUGAAGGAGUCAAUACAAAGCCUGUACAGUUCAUAUAUACAUUUAUUGAAGAUGAUAACUAAGGUGAUGAUGAUGACAAAUAAUACAGGAACAUGAGUAAGUCUGAUGGUGACUAUACUCUGCAGUAUAAAAUAUAAACUCUUCUGUAGCUGUCUGUAUGCUGGAACAAUCUGUAAAGUAAUCUGUAACAAGCUAACAAUCAAUCUGCAUUCUCUGAAGUAAUCUGAUUUGGGUUCAGAAGUAAACCCCUUUUAUAUUGGUCUGGUCUAGACUCUUUACGAUCAAACAGGUGUUGGUCAACCUUGGACGCUUGACCAAAACAAUCUGUACGUCAUAACUUUACUCUGAAUUGGGGGAGUUGACCUUAUAGGGAGAACAUGAAAUG